CUUGGUCAGCUCGAGGCCCCAAGCGAGCGACCCAAAAACCUCCUACAGGCAUCCCUUCUAUCCCCCUUGAAUUGAGCGCAAUCCAACCCGCCCCUGAAGCAGAAGGGACUUCCUCUUGCUUCCUAAGCUUCCGGCAUCAUGGCUGCUCUUGGAGAUGACUUGCUCGGGACUGUCAACAAGCUGCAAGACCUGGUCUUCAACACCAUCGGCAAUGACUCCCUCGAUCUACCCCAAAUCGUGGUUGUUGGCUCACAAUCAGCCGGAAAGUCGUCAGUCCUCGAAAACAUUGUUGGCCGAGACUUCCUACCCCGCGGUGGUGGUAUCGUGACACGGAGACCCCUUAUCUUACAAUUAAUCAACGUCCCCGAGGAUGAGCCCGAGGAUGCCGUGCACGUUAGCUACAGGAACGCGAGCCAAGCUUUCCGGAACGAGUGGGCUGAGUUUAACCACAUCCCCAGCCGAAAAUUCACGGAUUUCGGCGAUGUUAAACGUGAGAUUGAGAAUGAGACGGCGCGAGUUGCUGGCAGCAACAAGGGCAUCAACCGCCAGCCGAUCAACUUGAAGAUAUUCUCUCCACAUGUCUUAAACCUCACCCUGGUCGACUUGCCAGGACUCACCAAGGUUCCCAUUGGAGAUCAACCGACCGAUAUCGAGAAACAGACCAGGAACCUCAUCUCCGAGUACAUUGCGAAGCCCAACAGCAUCGUGUUGGCCGUGUCGCCAGCGAACGUCGACAUUGUCAACUCGGAGGCGCUGAAGCUUGCCAGACAUGUGGACCCCCUGGGCAGGAGGACGAUUGGCGUGCUCACAAAGGUCGAUCUCAUGGACCAUGGCACAAACGCCUUGGAUAUUCUAUCGGGGCGGGUCUAUCCCUUGAAACUGGGCUGGAUCGGCGUCGUAAACCGAUCACAACAGGACAUUCAGGGCAACAAGCCUAUGGAGGAGGCACUCCGGUCUGAAACCGAAUUCUUCAGGCACCAUCCCGCAUACCGGAAUAUUGCCAACCGCUGCGGCACCCAGUACCUCGCCAAGACACUGAACACGACCUUGAUGGCGCAUAUCCGGGAUCGCCUGCCGGACAUCAAAGCUCGACUCAAUACCCUCAUGGGCCAGACCCAACAAGAGCUUGCAAGCUACGGAGACAUGCACUUUAGUGGAAAGGAGCAUCGCGGCUCUCUGAUCCUCCAGCUCAUGACUCGAUUUGCCAUCUCUUUUAUCUCAUCUAUCGACGGUACUUCGACCGAGAUCUCCACCAAGGAGCUCUGUGGUGGUGCGCGCAUUUACUACAUCUUCAACUCGGUCUUCGGCAGUGCUCUGGAAUCCAUCGACCCCACGUCGAACCUCUCAACUAUGGACAUCAGGACAGCUAUUCGAAACUCGACCGGUCCGCGACCCAGCCUCUUCGUCCCAGAAAUGGCCUUUGAUCUUCUCGUUAAGCCUCAAAUCAAACUCCUGGAGAUCCCCAGUCAGCGUUGCGUCGAACUCGUAUACGAAGAGCUCAUCAAGAUCUGCCACACCUGCGGUUCAACCGAGCUGUCACGGUUUCCACGACUCCAAGCCAAGCUCAUCGAGGUUGUCUCGGAUCUCCUUAGAGAGCGGCUUGGUCCGGCCUCGUCAUACGUAGAGUCCCUCAUCUCCAUCCAACGCGCUUAUAUCAACACCAACCACCCGAAUUUCCUCGGCGCGGCCGCCGCCAUGAGCCAUGUGGUCACCAACAAGCAGGACAAGGAGCGGAAGCGCCUGGUCCAGGAGGAGCGCGAGCGACGGGAGCGAAGAAGACUGAAGGAAAUUGGCGCUAACGGCACCGAAACUCCAAUUGAUGAGGAAGAGGAAGCGACGGCAAUGGAGAAGACAGAGACGGCAACAAUCCGAAAACACACUGCCGGAAAGGGGCUGCGGAGCAUGUCGCCCGCCGUCCGGGAGACCGUCUCGGGAGGAUUUACCUCGACCCUCAAUGGGGGUCGAUCUUCUUCGCCGUCUAGGUUUAACCAGCCAGCGCUCGGCGGCGCGCGUGACUCGUUCCUAAACUAUUUCUUCGGGAAGGACGGUGCUUCGCAACCCGGAGCCGGACCGUCCCACAACGCAAACAUCGGCAGGCAUGUCAGUCAGAUGUCUGAGCCGACGUUCAGCCAGAGCAUCCGUAGGCCGGAAGAGAAAGCGCUUCGGUCGCCCAUCCAGACCCAUAAGCCAGAGGACGAGCUCGACUACACAAAAGCACCGCGUGGUAUCGACUUCGGCAACACGGGCGAACCAGCCCUGACAGACCGCGAGGCGAUGGAGACGGAGCUCAUCCGGGCGCUCAUCUCGUCGUACUUCAACAUUGUGCGCGAGUCCAUCGCGGACCAGGUGCCCAAGGCCGUCAUGCACCUGCUCGUCAACCACUGCAAGGACGUGGUGCAGAACCGCCUCGUCAGCGAGCUCUACAAGGAGGCCCUGUUCGAGGAGCUGCUGUACGAGGACGACAGCGUCAAGAAGGAGCGCGAGAAGUGCGAGAAGCUGCUCGACACGUACAGGGAGGCCGCCAAGAUCAUUGGCGAGGUCAUAUGAGGAUGCCGGGGGAUGGUCCUCAUAUAUCUAUCAGCUUCUCUUGUUAAGAGUACCGGGAAAAGGGAUGUCAGUG